AGCCGCAUCCUGCAUGGCUGCAAAGAACAUCCAUGCCCUAGAGUGGUGCUAUGUGAUGCGUCUGCCGCAUCUUGGCGUCCUUCCGCGCUCGUCAUGCUGCGAAUUCGAUGGGUGUCCCUGUCUCAACUUGAUGCGGCCACUCUUCUCAGCCUCUACCGCCUGGACCAGCAUGAGGUCGCUGCCCGGGAGUCCUUGACAGAGUUGAAUGGGUUUGAUAGGGGGCUCUUGAUGCCACAGUCGCGAUGCAUUUCGCGUUCCCGCCUACGGAGUAGGUUAACGUGAACACACAUUGACCAUCCUCCAGACACCACCCUCGCACGUUCUCUCCACGACAUGAGAUGGCAUGCUGCACGACACUGUCAAUCGACGCUCGGAUGCAGACAGUUUCCCUGCCAGACGUGCAUGUUUUGACACGGUAACAUGGCUCACGGACGGCGAAUGUCAACCAGAAGCUCUGAAAGCUGUCAGCAAGCUUUCUGACUAGUGGCGCGAGCUGGCAACACGCAAGCCUCAGACUUUUGGGAUCAGCUAGCUACCUACUGUGUUCGCAGCCACGCUUGCACGCUUGCUACCUACGCCAGGCGGACGAAAAGUCAGAGCGUGGCGCCAGCCCAUCGGCUGCUUCCAUCGCUUCCGGCGAUCAUCAUCCCCCCACUGCGGUGACCUUAUUUGCCCUGCUAUCACGCAUCCAGCUGCGGACCCGGAAUGCUUGGACAGAGACGCAUCGCCAGCCGUCGAACCGUGGGAUACUUGCAUGCCUGGGAGCCUCC